GCAGGCCAGCGGUGGCUGGCUUCGCAGGCGCGCUCACCUUUAUCGGCCUGCGGGCAGGCGAGCGAGCGAGCGAGUGGACAGGACCACCGGAGGGCGAGCGGGUACAAAACUUAAACAUGAACGACGAUACAUAUUACCAAUGUUCAAAGCUGAUUUGGGUAGAACUGGAAUACAGUUGCACACAACAUAUUCCAGAGGAAUUAGAAAAGGCAAAGUAAUGGAUAACAGAAAAGAGCCUCCAUUCUUCAAUGAAGAUAACGUGGGACCAUUUUACUUCAAACUUCCUUUCUAUGACACCAUGGAACUCUUCAUCGAAACAUUGACUGGAACAUGUUUUGAACUAAGAGUUUCACCCUUUGAAGCUGUUAUCUCUGUGAAAGGAAAAAUUCAAAGAUUGGAAGGUAUUCCCAUCUGUCAGCAGCACUUAAUUUGGAAUAACAUGGAGCUUGAAGAUGAUUAUUGCUUGAAUGAUUACAACAUUUCAGAAGGUUGUACCUUGAAGCUGGUAUUGGCUAUGCGUGGUGGACCAAUAAGUACUAGAAAAGUUCUUGUGGAAGACCCACUUAGGGAGCUUGCUGAGUACAUGGAUUCCAGUCGGGACGAGGUCUGGGAAAAGACCUCUUGCAACAAACAAGUUACAUUUUUGGUAUACCGAGAAGGAGAUCAAUUGAAUUUCUUUCGUGUAGUAGAUAGGGGAGAUGGCACUUUAACACCAUUAUCUGAAUCUUUAAGUGGUGGUUCUGUGUAUAAUUUGUAUACAGAUGAGGAUGAAGAAGCUGAGCCUUCUCCUUCUGGGCAACAGAUCAUUGAAAAUUCAAUAACUAUGAAUAAGAUGAAGCUGCUGAAGGCUAAGAUGGAGAACAUGAACCUCAGCAAAAAGCCUAAGAAAGUUGUCAAGCUGAAGCCUCGUCCACCUGUAGCUCCUCGACCUCCCAGCAGUUCCACAGCAGCAGCCCGGCACAGACUGUUAAGAGUCCUGCCUCACAUCGGGCAAUCUUGUUUACCUUCUCCUGGGAAUGCCUAUCUCCCUGAAACAUCCAGGAAUGCAGGCUCAAGUCCUGCAGCAGCUCAGGCCCCUGCUGAUAGACCAGUAUCAUCUCUCAGAAAGGAACUGCUGAAGGAGGAUGACUGGGAGAUUAACACACUGUCUCAUCCCACGGGUAGCAUCAGACUGCUACCUCAGAUGACCCACAUAGAACUGGAAAAUGACAAAGAGCUUGCAGAUUCGGUACUUCAUCUUGGAUCAUCCCUGCCUAGGCGAACAAAGCACAUUUCAGGGAACUUGCCAUCUAAUAAUGAGGAUGAUGUCGUCUUAUUUCCGCCGUCAGAAGAGUGUGUAUCUGAAGAGUUGCUCCUGACGGAAGUAGGUCCUUUUGCCCCAUUUGCAGAAGGAAAUGAUGUCGAGCACUCCAGCAGUGGUAUAGAAGGCAUAGGGAAGGUGACUCCAGAGUUUCCACUCGCUAAAGGUGAUAGAGGGAGAGCCGCAGAGCAGCCUCUGAACCAUGUGGCAAGAGCGUUGAGCAGUGACCCAGUUGACAAUGCAGUUCUUAACCACCGAGAGUCGAGCUCUCACAAGAACAGACUCCUGUCGCCGCUUCUCUGUGCUGCUGCACCAGGGUCACUACAUAAUUCUCUGGUGAAGACACAGAGACAGUCAAAAUGUUUUGAGUCUGGAAACCCCUCAGCGCCUACUUCACAAAAUGCCCUACGGGAACUGGACCUUCGAACCAUCGCCGACUCUUCUUUCUCUAGGACUGCUCGCUUCCGUGCUGUUAAAGUCGAUUCGCCUGGGAAAAGAUCUGACGUUAUUUCCAAAGUCGAAGCUCGAGAUAUCACAGAAAUGGCUAACAAAGCUUCCAAAGAGCCUGUUGGUUGUGUAAAUAAUGGCUUGUUGGCUUCACUGGCACGGAGUGCAAGCAGAGACAGUUUGCAGAGCACGCGUGGAGCAGGCAGGCUUCGGCCCUCUGGAAUUGGGCUGUCUACAAACUUCCAGCACUUCCAGGAUGAAAACACUAGGAAAAGUUCUCCCCAGUUAGAACCUACAGAUUUUUUUCUAUCUGCUCGUGGUGUUGGAAUGAGUGGAAAUAAUGCAGCAGCAGGGAAAAGAGUAGGAGAAAGCACCCACCACCUUCCACCUGUGAAAGCCCCUCUUCAAACAAAGAAGAAAAUAACGAAACAUUGUUUUCUUUGUGGAAAGAAAACAGGACUGGCCACUAGCUUCGAAUGCAGAUGUGGAAACAACUUCUGUGCAUCUCAUCGCUAUGCAGAAACUCACGGCUGCACGUAUGACUACAAGAGUGCAGGGAGGAGGUACUUGCAGGAGGCAAACCCUGUGGUCAAUGCACCAAAACUUCCCAAAAUCUAACUCUUCUCCGCGCUUUACCGCUCUGCCUGAGGAAUCCUAUUAUAUUGACAGAAGAAAUAUUGUUUAGACUGCAUUAUUUUUGUUCGACUCCAAAAGAUUUGCCAAAUAACAAGAGCACACAGUGCAUACUGUUGGAGAAUGAAAAUGCCUAUUGUAUUGAUGUCUUUAUUCUUUGGUGAAUCAAAAGUUCUGAAAGUAGCUUCAAAACUUUACACUAUAAUGAUUUAGUUUUGUUAUUGCAUGUCUGUGUUAAGUAUUUUAUAUUUGAAAUUGGAAUUAUUUAUUAGACAAAUCUUCAAAAGAUGCACUUUAGGAAGUUACCAUUGGCUGUAUAACCAGGCUUCCAUGUUGUACAGAAACAAGUGUUUCUGUAAUGGCUCUAUUCAAACUGAGCACAUUUUGCCCAUUUUUCUUUCUUUUCUUGUGGGGAUGGGGUAGAUGGAAUUUUUUCUUUUUAUAAAUCCCACGUGUGAAAGUUUAGGAGGUUUACUAGCAAGUUCUUUUUUAAAGAACAUCUGUUUCUCCAGUGUGAUUUUUAACACGUAUAUUUCUUCCAUAUUCAGAUUGGCAUUCAUAUAUGUAUCCAUUCUCUAGAACACAUCAUGUUAAUAUAGUAUACAUUUCUUAAAAUACUACUUUUUAAAUGGUAGUUUUAAAAUAACAGUGUCUUCCUUAUUGCCAUUGAAAACAGAGACCAACUUUUCACUUUUCAAAAUGGCUAUAUAUAUUUUUAAAA